CUCGCGGUGUCAAAGAACGGUUUAUCAAAACAGCGUGGAAAACAACUUCUGAUUUUACCUAAAAAAAACGUUGCAAACUAUCGCAAAAUGUACCUAAUGUACGAUACCAACGAACAGGGAGAACGUGUGUACACGUUGAAGAAACAUAACCCCGCUGGCACGCCGACCCAAUCGGCGCACCCGGCCCGGUUCUCACCGGAGGACAAGUUCUCCCGCCAUCGGAUCAUCAUCAAGAAACGUUUCGGGUUGCUGUUGACCCAAAAACCGGAACCCGUCUACUAACCAUCGUUUCAAGGUGGUUCGGAUUAAACAUGUAUUUUUAAGGAAUAAAGGGGAAAAGCUACUGAAUCUA